AUGGAUCGCUUACACCGACUUCCGAAUCAAGAGAAGCUUGGAGCUCUUCUUGAUGAUCUCCCGCCUUUCACUGCGCUCAAUGUCCUGAAAGGGCUUGGCCUUGCGGCCGUUGCCUAUGUUCUCCUGGUCAGAAUCAUCUACAACUUGUACUUUCAUCCCCUUCGUAAUUACCCGGGCCCGAAGCUGUGGGCCAUUUCGCGAAUCCCAUGGCACUACACCAACCUCAAAGGACGCAUCACCUGGCGAAUCCGCGACUUGCACGAUCAAUACGGCCCUGUCGUGCGCAUCGCGCCUGACGAGCUUUCCUACACGACAUCCACGGCAUGGAAGAAGAUCUACGGCCAACGCAAACCAGAGUUCCCGAAAGCUCUCGAUGGGCGCGGUAUCGCGCCGCCCAGUAUCGGUGGGCGCAAGAGCCUGAUGACAGAAACACAAGACCAGCAUCUGAGGCUGCGACGAGCGAUCAAUCCGGCCUUCUCGGAAAAAGCGUUGAGGGAACAGGAACACUAUCUUCAGAGUCAUUCCGACAAUCUCAUCAAGAUUCUGAAGGAGAAGGCCAACCAGGGCCCUGUCGAUAUGACGACUUGGUACAAUCUCGUCGCUUUCGACAUUGUAUCCGAUCUGGCAUUCGGUGAGCCGGCUGGCUUCUUGGACAACGCAGACCAACCCUGGAUCCAGGUGAUUCUCCAGAGAGCGAAAGCGAUUGUGUGGUUCCAGCUCGCCGUUUGGUACGGCUUCUUCCCGCUGCUGAAUCUCCUCACCCCGAAAUACGUAACCGAAUCGCGCAAGAACCACAUCGCCCUGACGGAGGCCAAGCUGGAGAGACGCAUGAAGGCCGAGAACCCGGGCAAGGACUUCAUGUCCUUUAUCCUCGAGAACGAAAACGAAGCAGUCGAGAAGCUGUCCAAGGUCGAGCUUGUCAUGCUGGCUAGCAACUUCAUCGUUGCCGGGAGCGGCACGUCAGCAGGCGGUAUGUCGGGUCUCACAUAUCUCCUGCUCCGGAACCCGGACAAGCUCGCGAAGCUCAAAAAGGAGAUCCGCGAGAAGUUUCAGACGAGCGAUGAGAUUUCCAUGCAGGGCACGGCCCAGUGCAAGUACCUCAACGCGUGUCUCGACGAGGGUAUGCGCAUGUACCCCCCUACUCCAGGUUCCCUUCCGCGGUUUGUCCCGGGCGAUGGCGAGAUGAUCGAUGGCAAGUGGGUGAAAGGCGGCAUGGCCGUUGCCGUCAAUCAGUUGUCGGCAGGUACAUCGGAGCUCAACUUCAAACGCGCCCGAGAGUUUCACCCCGAGCGAUGGCUGGAUCUGCCUCCAGAUUCCGAAUUUGCCAACGACGACAAAGCAGCUACCCAGCCAUUCUCCAUGGGCCAGAGAGUCUGUAUUGGAAGAGCAAUGGCGUAUGCCGAAAUGCGUCUGACCAUGGCCAAGAUUAUCUGGCACUAUGAGCUCGAGCUCACUGAGCCUGAGCUGGACUGGUGGAACAAGCAGGGAACAUAUCUGGUAUGGGAAAAGAUCCCAUUGAUGAUCCAGCUUCGGCCCAGAGUCAUCUAG